CCAAGGUAAAAUUUAUGUUUCCAAGCAAAGAUGUCUCAACUUCGUUUUUCAAUGUUCUGCGUGGUAAUUGUUCACAGGAGUGCGGAAGGGCAGCGAAAAGUAGAAGUGGGUUAUUACUAGAAUGCCACGAUACACUCUGCUACAGUCUUUUACUUUUCUUUUACUGCUUGGGGCUUCUGCUUUCGUGGCACACAAUGUUGUACGGUAUCUUAUAAAAGUGGAUGGUGGUUAUUCUAAAUGGUCUGAAUUCACCGAGUGUUCUGUGUCCUGUGGAGGUGGUGUGCGCACGCGCGUACGAACAUGCACGCUUCCCAGUCCCAAGUACGGUGGGCUCAACUGUUCCGUGUUAGGGAAGCCCUUACAAGUGUAUCGAUGUAAUCUGCUACCAUGCCCAGUGCAUGGCGGGUACAGUAACUGGGGAGAAUACGGAGCCUGUUCAAAGACUUGUGGAGGUGGAGAGCAGGAGCGUCACCGGGGAUGCGACAAUCCAGCGCCUCAAUUUGGCGGGAAAAACUGCCGUGAGAUGGAGCUUGGAGAUGAUCUGGAGUCUAGACAAUGCAACACUGAACCGUGUCCAGUGGAUGGUAAGUACUCAGACUGGUCUCCGUAUAGCGAGUGUUCAUCCUCAUGUGGUGGCGGGAAGAGAACUCGCACCAGGACCUGUACUAACCCUAAACCCGAACACGGCGGAAAGGAAUGCGAGGGACCUGGGGAGGAGACCGAGGAGUGUAACACGGACCCGUGCGCCACCUCUCCGCCGCCAGAUACCACUACUGCUCCUGCACCGACCGCGGCAGCGAACCGCAGUACCCCUCCCCGCACUGAUAGCCCCCUUCCCUCCAAAGAUACCACCCCUACUGCAACAUCUGGGAACCAGCCUAACACAACGGCUGACACGCCUCCCGAAACGCCUCCUGGUACAUCUCCUGCUAUUACCACUACAGCUCCCGUACUAAGUGAAAAGAAAGAGGACACUAAAAAGAAACAAUAAGAAGGUGAUGGAGCAAAAGAUACGAAAACAGAUGGGCAAAAUUUAAAAAGAGACAGCACGCAGCUCGCAACAUACAAUCAAGCUUUAAUACGGGUCUUAAUGGCGGACAAAAAAUAAUCGAUAAAGGCUUAGAGUGAUUUUUGUAUGUUCUUCUCUAGAUAUUAAUAUUGUUAAAUAAUGUGGCACCUUGUGUUCUUGUUAUCUCUUCAGAGGCUUGUCUAAAAAAAAUUAAUGGUGGGGUCUAGAGUACUAGUUCACUGACCUCGGAACAUAAUAUUUUUUUUAACUGGCAUCCGUAGCUCUGGUAAAUAAACCACUAGAACCAUCUAAAACAUUUUUUAUAUCCAAAUACAAAAUUACCUGUCUUCUUAACUACUGAAGAAGGAGUCAACCGGAGUUUAAUCUUGUCACAUGAGCAGGGUGGGGUCGGGACCCCUUGGAUCUCGCACCCUUCACCUUCUUGGCACACACUUGCUCUGAAGGCCCGUUAAGAUACUGCAAAGGCAGUAUAAGUUGUUUGGCCUGUCUUGUCUGGUUGAUUUUAAAGAUCAACACACUUUGCUAAUGCUUCUGUAAUAGAAUGUUAGUAAUACAAUGUUAGUAAUAGAAUAUUUAUUGUAUUAAAACGACUUCUAGGUGUC